UUUGCUUUGCAACACUAGUGGCGCGUGAUUUUGCAACAUUACGGGGUUUAUGUGUUCAGAUAAAGUAACAUAUCUGGGCUGAGAUUCUUCAGUAGAGACUAAAUAGCGAACCAUGGCACCUACCGUUAUACUUUUAUCUUUGUUAACUUUUAUCAUUGUUUUAGUUGGAGGAGUAACUACUUCACCUUCUCUUAAAAAAUCAGCUACAACUGCAUCAUAUAAUUUAAAUUACACUCAGCCAUCAUCAUCUGCAACUGGAAGCGGGAGAGCCCGUAGUAAACCCAGGACCACGAGCGCUUAUGGAAACACCUCACCUGCUAAGGUAAGCAGAUUGUCCAAGACGGCCAAACCCACUGAGGCGACCACCAGAGCUCUGAAACCCACUGAGGGAAGCACCAAACGUCUGAGAGCCACGACAUUUAAACCCACCGAGGUGACCAGCAGAGCUCCCAAACACACGACAGUGAAGCCUUUUGAGUCAACUAAGGGAACCACGAAAGCCGUGAAACCAACAGCAGUGAAGCCAACACUACCAGCCACAAAAACGACGACCACCCCAGCGCGCUUCAACACAGAGGACCUGAAUGAGAACAUUGAUAAAAACGUGGAACGGAAAGUUUGGAACACAAAAGAAAGUGAAGAACCACCGGUAUUUGAGUGUCCUCCUUUGGGUCUAGAGUCUCUGAAAGUUAAAGACUCACAGAUUCAGGCUUCUUCUUAUAAGCGUACGGGCCUGGGGCCACACAGGGGCCGACUCAACAUACAGUCUGGUGUGGAGGAUGGCGAUAUCUAUGAUGGAGCUUGGUGCGCACUGUAUAAAGACCAGAACCAGUGGUUACAGAUAGAUGCCAAGAAGCUCACAAAGUUCACAGCAGUGAUACUACAGGGUCGUAGCUCCAUAUGGAGCUUGGACUUUGUAGAAACCUUCAAGGUUCAAGUUAGCAAUGACACCAUUAAAUGGAAGCCAUGCAUGAAUGGAACAGAAGAGGCGGUGUUUGAGGGGAACCAGGACAGCGAAACACCAGUCUUGGCCGUUUUGCCCGAGCCGGCGGUGGCACAAUACAUACGCAUUAACCCUCAGACCUGGUUUAAGAAUGGGACCAUCUGUCUGAGAGCCGAAAUUAUGGGCUGUGAGCUGCCAGAUCCAAACAAUAUUUACCCAUGGCAAGCUGAAGAAGGCACCAAGGACAAACUGGACUUCAGACAUCAUAACUACAAAGAGAUGAGGAAGCUCAUGAAGUCUGUGAACGAGAUGUGUCCUGAUAUCACCCGCAUUUACAGCAUUGGCAAAAGCUACAUGGGCCUUAAACUGUAUGUGAUGGAAAUCUCAGACAAUCCAGGCAAACACGAGCUGGGUGAACCUGAGUUCCGCUAUGUGGCCGGUAUGCAUGGGAACGAAGUGCUGGGGAGAGAGCUAUUGCUUAACCUGAUGGAGUACAUAUGCCAAGAGUACAAACGGGAAAAUCAGCGCAUUGUUCACUUAGUCAAAGAGACGCGCAUCCAUCUACUGCCCUCGAUGAACCCUGAUGGCUAUGAAAUGGCUUACAAGAAGGGUUCAGAGCUGGCUGGGUGGGCACUUGGUCGUUACAGUUAUGAAGGCAUUGACAUGAAUCACAACUUUGCCGAUCUCAACACAGUGAUGUGGGAUGCCAUCGAGCUGGAAACAGACAAAUCUAAACUAAUCAAUCACUACUUUCCCAUUCCAGAGCAGUACACUUCAGAAGAUGCUAUGGUGGCUCCAGAAACGAGAGCCGUCAUCAGUUGGAUGCAGACUAUACCAUUUGUUCUCAGCGCUAACCUCCAUGGAGGAGAGCUGGUGGUCACAUACCCAUUUGACAUGACCAAAGACUGGGCUCCCAAAGAGCACACUCCCACCCCUGAUGAGAGCUUCUUCCGCUGGCUGGCCACCGCUUAUGCAAGCACCAACCAUGUGAUGUCCAACCCAGACCGAAGGCCCUGUCACAAUGAGGACUUCCUUCGCUAUAAUAACAUUAUCAACGGAGCAAACUGGCACACAGUGCCAGGAAGUAUGAAUGACUUCAGUUACCUGCACACCAACUGUUUUGAGGUGACGGUGGAGCUCUCCUGUGAUAAGUUCCCUCAUGCCAGUGAACUGCCCAUAGAAUGGGAGAACAAUAAAGAAUCUCUCAUUAUCUACAUGGAGCAGGUACAUAGAGGAAUCAAAGGUGUGGUUAAGGACAAAGACACUGAAGCCGGCAUCGCUGAUGCCAUCAUCAAAGUAGAUGACAUUGACCACCACAUAAGAUCAGCUUUUGAUGGGGACUACUGGCGUCUGUUGAACCCAGGCGACUAUGAUAUCACAGUGACCGCGGAGGGAUAUUUCCCAGCUAAACGAAGUUGCAGGGUUGAGUACGAGCAUUACCCCACUAUAUGCGACUUCCACCUAACCAAGACACCAAAACAACGUCUGAGAGAGAUCCUGGCCAAGGGAGGCAAGAUUCCCAAAGACCUACAGCUCCGACUGCGGCAGAUGCGCAUACGGAAACUGCGUGCCACAACUAAGCUUAUUAAUCAACGCAGGGCGUCACAGCAGCGCAGGGCGUCACAGCAACGCAGGGCUAGGGGGGCCCACAACUAGACUGACCUUUAACCUCUGACCUGUUUUGCCGGCCGAGUACAGGAUUAAACUAUCAAUGUCACAGGCAAAUGCAAUUUAGAGGGCCUGUUAGUUGCCCUUACCUGUGGUAGCAUACAUUGUGUAUUAUACAUUUAGAGUAGACAGAUUAUGCAGUGUAAAUUUCAUGUUUUAAAAUGUUUUAUACUUCUAUAUUAAACACUGUUGUUGAUCAAAUGGGCAAGUGAAAAUAAUGCCAUUGUUGGAAAGUAUCAUGCUAAUAUGUGACUCUAGACCACAAAACCAUUUAUAAGUAGCAUGGGUAUAUUUGUAGCAAUAGUCAAAAAUACAUUGUAUGGGUCAAAAUGAUCGAUUUUUCUUUUAUGCCAAAAAUCAUUGGGAUAUUAAGUAAAGAUCAUGUUCCGUUAAGAUAUUUUGUAAAUUUCCUACAGUAAAUAUAUAUAAAAACUUAAUUUUUGAUUAGUAAUAUGCAUUACUAAGAACUUCAUUUUGACAACUUUAAAGGUGAAUUUUUUACACCCUCAGAUUACAGAUUUUCAAAUAGUUGUAUUUCGGCCAUAACCAUACAUCAAUGGAAACCUCAUUCAUUCAGCUUUCAGAUGACGUAUAAAUCUCAGUUUCAAAAAAUGUACUCCCAUGACUGGUUUUGUGGUCGAGGGUUCAAAUAUGUGCUCAUAUUUGUUUACAAAAGAGCAAAUGCAACAUCUCAGUCUGGAACUGAUGUUUUGUCAAAUGGUUUCAUUAAAUGUUUAUAUUUUGUCUGCUAUAUUUCAAACAGUUUAACCCUGAAAAGAGCUUAUAUCAGAUGAAAUAUAUACUAACGAAUUUAUAAUGCUAACAAUUCCCUAAAAUGAAUUGUUUGAACGAAUGCUUGUUUUAAGGAAACUGUUGUCAGAGAAGCAUCAAGAUAAACAAUACAAACAUCAACAUACCUCAUAUGAGUAGUUACAGAGAUCCAGAUGAAACGGGAAUAAUUUGUAAAUAAGAAAACUUUUGUAAUAAAGUACAUCUUUAAGUAAACAAUGAA